GUGCUUCGAGGUCUGAUCCUGGCCUGAAACCUGACGUAAAAAAGAUAGAUUUUUACCUUGUAUUUUGCUCAAAUCAUGUAAUUGAACAGCUGCAGAAGAUGCCACAGGAGUCCACCCGUCUAUUUAGAGGAGAAGAAUAGCUCUAAAGAGUUUCCCGGUGCAGAGAUUCGACUCGGAAAAUCGGCGAAUUCUGCAGACGAUAGAGGGAGACCGGGGACGAAGGGAAGGUCCGGCCAUUUUUUUCCCCGUGACAUUUUCCCGGACUUUGUGUAUCGGAGCCGCCACAUGAACAGAUGACCGCGGUUUUAUAGCGACCAAAACUCUUGCAAUUCAUUCUGUGUGGAGCUGGGUAGCUUGGGAAGAUGUCGGAUACGAAUUAUGACUGGGCGUACUCGCUGGUGGACUCAUCACGGGUGUCCACGUUUCUCAUCUCCAUACUUCUCAUCGUCUACGGAAGUUUCAGGUCCCUGAACAUGGACCAGGAAGAGAACCAAGAGAAGGACCAGGAUAGUCUACUUUCCACAUCUGCAACACCUGCAAAUAAACAGAAUGAAAAUGGUCCGUUCUCCCCCGCAGGUGUGCAGACCAUUGACUCCACCCAGGCCAUGUUCCUGCCUAUCGGAGCCUCUGUCUCUCUCCUCGUCAUGUUCUUCUUCUUCGACUCCAUGCAGGUGGUCUUCGCUCUAUGUACAGCCGUUUUAGCCACAGUGGCGUUUGCAUUCCUGCUCCUGCCCAUGUGUCAGUACCUUAUACGGCCAUGCUCAAGCGGAACCAAGAUAUCGUUUGGAUGCUGUGGCAGAUUCACGGCUGCAGAACUGAUGUCGUUUGCCAUUUCCAUGGGGAUAGUAUUUAUAUGGAUCUUCACAGGCCAUUGGUUACUUAUGGACGCCCUGGCGAUGGGCCUGUGUGUGGCCAUGAUAGCGUUUGUCCGUCUUCCCAGCCUGAAGGUCUCCACACUGCUGUUGUCGGGCCUGCUUAUUUAUGACGUCUUUUGGGUGUUUUUCUCUACGUACAUCUUUAAUGCCAACGUGAUGGUCAAGGUGGCAACAAGACCUGCAGAAAAUCCGGUUGGAAUUGUUGCACAGAAGUUGAACCUGCCGCGGGCUGUCAAGGAUGCUCCUCAACUGUCCUUACCUGGAAAACUAGUGUUCCCGAGUUACCACAACAACGGACACUUCUCGAUGUUAGGACUUGGAGACAUUGUGAUGCCAGGCCUGUUGCUGUGCUUCGUGAUGCGGUAUGACCACUGGAAGAAGAAGCACGGAGUCCAGGAACAGCCGCCCAAACCCAUGGUCCCCAACCUGACUGUUGUACACAAGCUGACUUACUUUCACUGCUCUCUUAUAGGAUACUUCAUAGGGUUACUGACGGCAACGAUAGCAUCAGAGGUGUACCGUGCGGCCCAGCCUGCCCUGCUGUACCUGGUACCGUUCACGCUACUCCCUCUCCUCACCAUGGCUUACCUAAAAGGCGAUUUGAAACGGAUGUGGAACGAGCCUUUCCUGGCUCCGACUCUGCCCAAGUACCUGGAGGUAUGACACAGCACCGAGGUAGGCUCACAGCCACGACAGAUUCCAUGGAUUUGAGUUUUAUUCCAGUAGACAUUGCAACAUUUCCAAAAGAAAAUCAUCAUCAAAGUUAUUGCAAAAACAGAGGAGCAAAAAAAAAGGAAAGAAAGUUACAGUCUGCCUCUGACGUGUACAGGACACCCACUGCACAUCGGUGAAAGAAGAAAUAUUUGGGAUGGAAGAAGCUCUUUGUGAACAUGACAACAGAGGAUAUAGCAUAUUAGUUCUCAGACAGUGUACCGGAAAGGAGCGACAAACCAAGAAGCAAGCUUCGUCUGGAAAUUUGGAAAAGAGGACAGCAUUUUCACCCAUGGUGUCAUGUCAGAAACAAAAUUGCAAUGUCGAGAGCCAUCAUGAAAAAAAAUGUAUCCGGAUUAUGAAUGUUCAACUGUUCAUGGAUAUAUUUUGUUGUCUGGAAGGAAAGGUGAUUUUAUUGUAUUGUUCGCACCUUUUUUUCUUUUAGGCCAGUAAAAGUGUGUCUCUCCCUUUGCUUAUGUGAGUGUAGCGCUCAAACAUACCAUUUCACAUCCUCCUCCUUCAAUAAAAACAUACUUGCUUGGCUCGUUAGGUAUCUUAUAAGAGACUCUGCAUUGUGAAUAUUGUAGACAUAUUAUAGGGUGGCGUAUCUGCUCGAAGUCUCCGCCUCCAAAGACAAAAUAAUCCCAGAUAUAUGCGGAUAUCCCUUCCCGUAUCUGUCCCCGUUGUGCAGUCCCUGUGGGCAGAAGGUAUUAUCUGACAGUGUGUAGUAUAAAGUGAAUACUGUGCAUCUAUUAACUAUGUCUAGAUUAAUAUGUAAAGAAAGUUAGGAUAUUGUCAUGUAUAUGAAUAGGAAAUUCAAUGUUUUUAAACUUCAGCUUCAGAGUGACUCUGUAUUGUCUUAUAAGCUUUUAUUGGUUGUGCAUUAUUACGAUUAUCGCGAUUCUUAUUGCAGGUCAGAUGUUUCACAUUGAUUGUAGAACGAGGCAAAUCAUGGACGAAGAAUACCUUUAAGAUUUUGUAUUUGAUGAUGUGAAGGAUAGCAUCUUAUAGUGAUUGCUGUCUGUUCUAUUAAAAAGUAGCGAGACUUAGGGAAUACGUAUAGUUAAGUCAUGUUUUCCAUUUCCAGAACUAUGAAGUUCUCUCUGCUAGCGGACGUAAUUGAUAUGUAUUUAUGUCUAUGAUGAUGACGAAUCAGUGCAACAUAUAACCAGUGUAUAGUAAACUGCAGAUGGAGCAAAUGAACCCUUCUCUCUCUCUGUAGAUUACCUCUGAUCUUCCAUGUAAGGUUUGCUGUUGUGAGUCUGUCUAGUGCUACUCUCCAAGCAGAAGUCGGGUUGCAGAGAUAGUAGUAGUCAAGAUAUUUACCCAUGGAGCAAACCGGUAAAAAUCCUGACUACUACUAUCUCCCUGACCCAACCUCUGCUUGGAUAAUAGUCUUGUGCUCUUGUCAAUGUUAGUUUCAAGGAGAGGAGGUUUUGAAACAAGAAAACUUACUCAAAACAUCAGUGUCUCAAUAGAUUAGUCGAUCAUCAGAACAAGCUAGUUCCUUUCUUAAGGUCCAUAAAUUGACUUAAGUUUUUACUCAUAUGGAUGGAGACUAAAAGAGUGGCAUCGUGUUUGCGUAAGUUGCAAUUACAGUGUUUGGACCAGAAACCAAAGCCCCUGCACAGUUCUGUCUAACCAUGCCAAGUGGGUGCAUUGGUGAUGUUCUUAAGUGCCCCCUAGCAGUUUGUGAUAGAAAUGCAUGCCUCAGAUUCAGUAGUAUCUUUAAUGUUGGCUAUAUUUGCAAACAAAGCUGAUUGUGCCCCACCUUUCCUCUCCCUGAUGUUAACAUUGACGAGUAAAUCACAGAUAGUCUGCAAUAGAAAUGUAGCCUAGUAUCUAGGCAUUGCGAGCUGCUGUUCAAGAUAUAUGGGAACUGGGAAAAGCCUCUAUAGGCUCUACAUUUUACCUGUACACAGUCGUCUCACUAUGGCAGUAUAGUAUAGAACAUUUAGACAAUGUACAUUCAUAAAUUCUGGUGCUCCUUUUAUUGACCUUACAGUCUUCUUUCCUUAACACAGUACAUAGUAUGAAUUGUGAUGCAAUAGCUCCCACAGCACAAUUCUAGCGUGAUGGUGUAGAACACAUGUACACAUGAUAAAGGCGUUUUUAAAAUGUUUUAGCUGUGUGACUGUAUAGUGUUAAAAUGUUGAGAUAAAAAGUGAAGCUAUUGGUAUGCAUUCAUUUUCUUUGCCCAUUUGAGUUGUUCUGUUGAUGUUAAACAUGCGGUACAACACUGCGAUACAAUUCGUGUAAACUCUAAGUUAUAUCUUCACAAAAAAGCAUUACACUAAUUUUAUUCACAUUUCUGAAGGAUUGGCCUUGUGAAAUUAUUCAGCAUUUCCAUUGUUUGGUGCUUACAUACAAGGAUGCAACUGCAAUAUUAUACAUAUGAUCACAGAAAUGUUCAAAGAUUGUAUGUGCAUGCUUACAUAGUAUAGUUGCUGUUGUAUAAUAAUGUCACUGACUAUACAUAUGUAUUUGCAGCGUUUAUGGAUAUCUGCAAAGUUUCAGACCACAAAAGCUUCUGUUACAUGUACAUUGCCUCUUUUACUUGAAUCUCUGUCCUUAAAGAUUUAAUGUACUUCCAACGAUACUCGGUCUGUAAAAACUACUUAUCAUCUUCAGUUGGUGGACUUGCUCUUGUCAAGUACUUAGUGAAGGUUCGAAUUUACCUCUCUUUUUGUUAAAUGCAUAUUGUUUUUAUCUUUAGUUGUUGACACGCUGAGACAAAUAACAAGCCAUAAAAGUACAUAUGAAUAUCUCCUGUUAACUGACAGAAGUUUAUAAUUGGUAGCAUGUAUGGAGGAAAUUACAUCAUAGCAGAUAUAAAUAGAAACAUUGGAUUGGUCAAGAUAGGCAGCCACAGUUUUCUUUCUGAUUUGUUUCCAGCCGUGUCUUGUAUAUGGAUGUAAACUUCAAUAACAAGUGUGUAUUAUUUGCAGAUGGGCAGUCACACAAGUAUUAUUAACAUUUUGUACAGUUUUAAUCGUGUCUCCAAAUUAUGAGAAUAAAGAGAUGAAACAGUAA